AUGGAACAGAGAAAAAGUAAAGGCAGAAAAUCCAAAAUACCAGAUGGACUUAAAGAACUUCUGGAAUCUCUGACUUUUGAUGUGUUGAAAGCUCAGCCUGAAGACAUCCUUGUGUACUGUAUAGAAAACUUAACGCGAAGACUAGACGAAAGGUUCCAGUAUAAUGUUAACGAGGCAGUUGAAGCCAAUAAAGAUGAUGCCAAUCGAAAUUAUGAAAGUGAGCUAAAAGCAGAUGUUGCACAACUUGAAGAUGAAGAAGGUAAACAAGAUGUUAACGAUUAUCAAAAUGUCGAGGAGACACCAGUGUCCAACGUUCCCAUUAAUGAAGAUGAAGAAGUUGAAGUGAAGGGAGACAUCGAAGAGGUACCAGACCCUGACGUCUCUGUUGUUGAAGGCUAUUUUUCUGAUGAAUCUAUAAUGGAUCGUGAAAGUUAUGUGAAACGACGUCAAGGUGUUCGUGGUGUAAGUAUAGAUCCAGAGAAGACAUAUAAUCAUGAAAUAGUUGUUCAUCCAAAAAGUGAUCAACAAAAAGAAAAACUUAUGCAAGUUGUACACGAGAUCCAUUUACUUCGAUGUCUUGAUCGCGAUGAUCAUAUCGAAUUAAUUAAUGCAAUGUUUGAGCGUAAAGUUGAACCAGGUGAAGAAGUUAUUAAAUUUGGUGAAGAUGGUGAUAAUUUUUAUAUAAUAGAAGAUGGAGAUUAUGAAAUAUAUACAAUGAAAGAUAAUCAAAUGCAAAAAAUAGCUGAAUAUAAAGGUAAAGGAUCAUUUGGUGAAUUAGCCCUGCUAUAUAAUACACCAAGAGCAGCUACAGUCAGAGCAAUUACAAAAGGUACAUUAUGGGCAAUCACUAGAGAUACAUUUCAUGCCAUAAUAACAGCAAAAGCAUUUAAAAAAAGAAAAUUAUAUGAAUCAUUGUUAGAAAAAGUUGAUAUUUUAAGUUAUUUAACACCUUAUGAACGUUUGAAUGUGGCAGACACUUUACAAACACGUAUUGUUGAAGAAGGCGAAGCCAUUUUUUUACAAGGUCAAUUAGGCUAUGAAAUGUAUUUUAUAAUAUCUGGUUCAGUGAAAGUGAUUAGUAGAAUUAUGGGUAAUGGAAAUGUCGACGAGAAGGAAGAACACCAACACCACGAACAACAAGAACAAGAACAGGAAGGCGAAGAAAUUGAAUUAUGUCAAUUAAAAGAGAAUGAUUAUUUUGGUGAAUUAGCCUUAUUGACAACAAAACCACGUGCAGCCUCCGUUUAUGCCUUAGAGAGAACAUGUUUAGCUGUUUUAGACGUGGAUAGUUUUCAUAGAUUACUAGGACCAUGUGAAAAAGCAUUAAAAGAAAAAACUCAACACUAUGAUGAACAACGUGCAUAUUUAUGGAGUAAAAGACGAACAAGCAACGCAUAA